AUGAACAGCCGGCGCGGCGCGGGGCCGGGACGCCUGCCGGCUCGGGCCUCCCGCGAGGCCGGGCCUGUCACCCGGGCUCUCGCGGUCCCGGGCCCGCCGCCCCCUCCCCGGGCGCCGGCCGGGCGGCGGCGGCUGGUGGGCGCGCGGGCCGCUCGCGAGGCGCGACGCUGCGCUGUGAACAGGAACCGCACACACGGACGAUGGGCCGACUCCAAUGGCGGCGGCGGCGGCGGCGGCGGCGGAGACGAGGUUGCGCGACGUCAGCGCGCGCGGGGCAGGCCGGGAGCGGCGAUGAGCCGCCACGCACCGCGCCUGCGCCCUGCAGCCCGGCGGGACGAAUAUUGCGCCGGGGUCCCAGACUGGCGCGUCCUGCAGACACCACCUUCCCCGUGGAGUGGAGGGGGCCGGCCACCCCCACAGCGGCCCCCGCCCCCCGGGCCCUGCCCCGGGCCCCAUGACACACCCCUGGCACAGCAAGCGCGUGAUGCUGGCUGCCACGCUGGCCCCUUCCAGAAGGCAGCGGGCCCCAGCGGGCCCCAGGGCCCCUGGCCCCUCCCUGACCUGGGCCUUCUUGGGGCCUGGACCGGGUCCACCCUCAUCUCCCGGCUGCUUCAGGCAAAGGCCACCCCUGCCCCCAGGCAGGACCAGGCGCUCAGCAGCCCAGAGGCCGGCUGGCUGGGCACACUCCAGGACUGGCUGCCCGGGGUCCCCGUCACCGCAGCAGAACUGCUUGGGGCUGGUGUGUCCUCCAUGGGGCCCGAGGGCAGGGCCCAGUGCUGGUGCUGCGGCCACGAGCGGAGCUGCUGGGCAGCUGGAGGCCGCCCCACCGGGGGACUCUGUGGACCCUGCUCCCAGUGUGGCCACGCCCCGGGCCGGGACCCCGGCGGCACCCCGUGGGCAGGCCAGGACAGCACGGACGGGCAGAUCCUGGGCCAGCUGCGUGCCCUGGUGGAGGAGGGGGAGGAGGAGGGGGAGGAAGGGGCCUGGGCUGCCCCGUCCUCCAGGCCUGCCUUCCCCGAGAUGGCCUCCGAGGAGCUGCGGCUGGCCUCCUUCUGUGACUGGCCGCUGACCGCCACCGUGCGGCCUGAGCUGCUGGCCGCCGCCGGCUUCUUCCACACGGGCCGACAGGAUAAGGUGAGGUGCUUCUUCUGCUCUGGGGGUCUGCAGACCUGGGAGCGGGGGGACGACCCCUGGACUGAGCACGCCAAGUGGUUCCCGAGGUGUGGAUUCCUGCUCCGGGCCAAAGGAAGGGACUUCGUCCGCAGCGUCCAGGGGUCCCUCCGCCCCCCGCCGGGCUCCUGGGACCCGUGGGAGGAACCUGCAGACGCAGCCCCUGCCGCCUCAGCUCCUGCCCACCCCACACCCAGAGGAGAGUCCUGUUUGGCAGAUGCCAGGGAGUCAGGAGCCCAGGACGCGGAGGAGCAGCUGCGGCGGCUGCAGGAGGAGCGGACCUGCAAGGUGUGCCUGGACCGAGCCGUGAGCACUGUCUUCGUGCCCUGCGGCCACCUGGUCUGCGCUGCCUGCGCGCCCAGCCUGCGGCUCUGCCCCCUCUGCAGGGCCCCCAUCCACAGCUGCGUGCGCACCUUCCUGCCCUAGGCCGGGGGCCCAGGGCGGCUGCCACGUGCUCGGCCAGUCCCACGAACCCUACUGCAGUGGGCCCGCCGAGGACCCCGGGCUGGCGUCCCACACCACAGCCCGCCCGAAUCCUGCCCCGCAGCCCGGGGUGGGAGGGGCUCGUGUGUGGGGGCUGGUUUCAUCCAAGUCUGGAUGCUUCGGAAGAGUCACAAUAAAGCGAUAGGUGUUCCCUGGC